CUGAACCACGCCUCUCCAAGCAAUGAUAUUCUCACAUUCUCGCGAUUGACAAUGCCCAGCCAUGCCAGCCAGUCGCAAAGACCCAACAGUCUUCUCCAAGCCCCGGGCUUCAUCGGCGCUGCAGCCCGGUUCUGGCAGCGCUCGUAUGCCUCAGAAUAUAUUGGGCUCGCAAUCUUGCUGACUGGGUAUAUCGUGCUCCAAUUCUUCGCCGAACCGUUCCACCGCAUGUUCUCCCUCGAUAAUCUAGCCAUACAAUACCCACACGCUGCAGUAGAGCGCGUGCCAGUCCCGUGGCUUUUCAUCUAUGCAGGAGGUGUGCCUCUAUGCAUACUCGUAGCAUGGGCCCUAAUAUUCCAGCCCGGAACCCACAAAUCGCACGUUACGAUCCUCGGCUGGUUUAUCAGUCUCAUCCUCACCCUCUUCAUAACCGAUCUCGUCAAGAACGCCGUCGGUCGACCCCGCCCCGAUCUCGUCGCCCGCUGCAAACCCGAGAAAGGCACACCAGACCAUAAACUCGUCAAUUUCGAAGUCUGUACCGAAACAAACCACCACAUUCUUCAUGAUGGCUGGCGCAGCUUUCCCAGCGGGCAUAGCAGCUUUGCUUUCAGUGGACUAGGAUAUCUAGCGCUGUUCCUGGCUGGGCAGUGCCAUGUCUUCCGCCCCAGAACGGACCUUGCUCGCGUUCUUCUAGCUCUUGCACCUUUGCUUGGUGCAGCCCUGAUUGCCAUUUCGAGAUGCGAGGACUAUCGGCAUGACGUUUAUGAUGUGACGACUGGCUCGUUGCUGGGCAUAUUGGUGGCAUUCUACACGUACCGGAGAUAUUACCCCCCACUGCGGAGUUCAAAGUGCGCGACUCCGUACCCCAAUCCCGCUGAUUCCGCUGAAGGAAGGGGGUUUGGCAAGGUCAAAGAUGAAGAGGAAAGGAUUCGUGGUGCAGGCGAAUUCGAACUGGAUGAUGACGAGGAUGCGGAGAGUUAUCCUUUGACAAAUAUGCGCACAUGAGGUCCGUACAAAAUAAAUGGAUUCGCCUAUAUUGGAACAAUGAUGUAGAAUAUAGGGAUGAACUCUAGGGUAUAUGGCGUAUUCCCGCUAACUGGAAAUAGACAAGAAAGAAGCCGGAGACCAUACAGAAUCGGUAAACCAAUGAGCCCAGACUGUAAACCCAGCAAUCAGAAUGCAGACAAGCAACCUAGACCCGACACCUAACAUGAGGACUGUGGAUGUGAUAUCUGAACAGCCAUGAACCCCCAGAGACAAAGCCCAAGACCAAACACAAACAAUAAACAUGCAGCCCUAGAAUCCAGGCCCAGGAAGAAAAAGGAGAGACAGGAACCAGACCAGAAAUC